GCCCCUCGCCCGUAAACAAACCACAGUAAGCUAGGAGACGUCUGACAAGUGUAGCUUCUGUGGAACGAGGCUAGUGGUGGUGGUUUGUACGUAAAACUUGCGUGACACUCCACAUAACAUAAUGAAGAUUUGCGGAAGAAUAGUUCCUUUACUCUUAAUAACAGUGUUGUUAUUGUACCUGACCACUGAAACUGAAGGUAGAGGACGUGGUGGAGGAGGAGGAGGACGUGGUGGAGGAGGAGGACGAGGAAGCUCGCGAGGAAGCUCGCGAGGAAGCUCGAGAGGAAGCUCUGUAGGAAGCUCAAGGGGAUGGGGAGGUGGCAGCUCCUUGGCUAAGUUUGGCUCCCCAAAUCGGUGGUCAUAUGUCGGAGGACGUAGAUUCUACUAUGUAGGAUAUUAUCAUGGAUAUGGUUACCACCGUUACGGCACCUCAGGACAUUAUAACCCCAAUGAGACUGGUGGUGGCCUAACUGCAGCCGGGUUGCUUGUGUUACUUCUAGCCUUAAUUGGCUUAGGAGUGGGAAUUUACUAUGCCUACAUAUGUCUUCGAGCUCGCCCACUCCGAUCCAAACCCCCAACUGAUUCUGAACAUGGCCCCUUAAUUACCCCUGAUCCUGAUGUAAAUGGUAACCUUGAGGAUGCUCCUUUGGAAGCUUCUGCUCCAGUAGAUGAAGAAAGUGAUACUAAAAAAAUAUCUCUAGAUGAACCUGAUAUAGGCAAUGGUCAUAUAAAGUCUCCAGCCUCUGAUAUCCCAGACAGUACUGAUAAAUCCACUGGAACUCCUAAGGUGAAGGAUGAUGUUCUUGUUCCAAUUGAGGAUAAAGUUCCACCAGCCAAAAUUAUGCAUGAGAAAGAAACUGCCCCAGUCUUGAAUCAUGUUGCUCCUCUAGGUUUUAUUGCCCCGGCUGCUGUCGUUCUCCAGGAGAUUCCUCCCGAUAAUCGUCCACCACAAAAUGUCAGGCCCAUUGUGCAGGGUAAUCCAGAGGGUGAAGGCCAUCCUCCAGUACCUGUGUACAUUCCAGUUCCACUUGUUAAAAAACCUGUAACCCUCAGUGAUGAAGAAGAUGGCUUAUUGAUGCAGGAAUGUGUUCCCCAUGAUGACAGCCUUGAUCCUGAACACUGUCCUAAACUCACAAGCCUUGAUCCAGAACACUGCCCUAAGCUAUCAUCAUCCCUCCCUCAAAAAGAAUCUUCAGUUUCAUCCUUAAAUGAGGAACCCAUUGCCAACACUCCUCCCUUUAAAGGUAGUCAGUCUCAAAAUGACCCUGUAUCUGUUCCACCCCUCAUGGCAGUUACUCCGCCCACACCUGAACCUGUACUGCCAAUAAUCCAACCUGAAAAUCCACAGCCUACUACUAUGUUGGAUUCCACACCGCCAGCCACUGCACCUCAACCAACUGAGCCAAAGGUUACUGUUGCCCCUCAACCAACUGAGCCAAAGAUUACUGUUGCCCCUCAUCCUGCAACUGAUUAUGGCUGGAAGGAAAAUGUUAUACCCGUGAGUAAGGCUGCUGAAUCAGUGCCUCAAGAAUUGCCAAUUGAUGAACCUUCUCCUCAGCUCAUGAAGGAAGAUGUUGAACAGCUUCAGCCUGUUCAAGAUACAAAAAAAUCAGAGCCUGUUAAUGAGUUGAUAUCUGAUGAGCCAAUGGAAACUGUCAGUGAUGAAAGUAUCUCGCAACCAGAAUCAGAUUUUAAUCCUCUUCCACAAGACAGUUUGACAGAAGAGUCCCCUAUUGAGGCAAAAGCUUCUGAAAAUAUACCUGAGCCAGUAACAGAGGAUGACAAAGUUCCUGAAACUGAAGUAGUAGAAUCUUCCGAAAUAUGUGAAGAGGUCCCUGAAAAGGUACCUCAAGAGGAAGUUGUAUACCCCCCAGUAGUGUAUUUGGAAACCAGCAAACCUCUCGAAAAUUCCAGGGCUCAAUCUGAGUCCAGUGUAUCAUCUGAAGAAGCUGUACCUCCUUACACAGAAUCCAGUAAAAGUGAUUUACCUGAGGAGGUUAUCCCAGUAGCACCCACACCUUCCUGUGUAGAUGAUGCUGAAAGUCAACCACAUGUUAUUGACAUUAGUGAACCAGUUAUGGUUGUAGAUGCUCCCAUAGAGGUUCCAGUUGAUACUGCUCCAGAGGAUAAUAAUGUUCCUGUUGAGUCUGCAUUGAAUACCCCCUCAGAAGUUCAGUUUGAUAGUGAUGUACAUGCAUCUGAGGUUCCUCAUGAAUCUUUAGCAGAUAGUCCUCUUGAGGCUUCAUCACAUAUUCCUCUGAAGGCUUCAUCAGAUAUUCCUUUGGAGGCUUCACAUGAUAUUCCUCUAGAUGUUUCUGAUAUUCCUCUAGAUGUUUCUGAUAUUCCUCUAGAUGUUUCUGAUAUUCCUUUGGAAGCAUAUAUUCCUGAUUCUGAUGAGGAGUAUGAUUUGGAUGCAGUUGAUGGAGACGGCAGUCCUUUGCCAGUUAUUAAAGAAGAGGGCAGUGUAGAUACUGAAACAGAAAGUACUGGGACGGACAGCAGUGAGCCAGAAGUUACUGAAUACUCGUUUGCUUCAGGCCCUUCUGCCCCAUCUACCUCAGUUGUUCUUGCAGAUGAAGUUAGUUGUACUAUGGAGCCUGAGGUAACAAAAUACUCAGUUAUUUCUGAAGUAGAUUCACCUGUUGAUUCAGACCAUCAGGAAUUGGAGAGCUCUGAUGACGAAGAUGCUCAGAAAGAGGUUGAAUCGUCUUUAUUACCAGAAACGACUGAAACAGAUGAUAGUGUAAAUGAAGACAAUGAGAUAAAGUCACUAAAUCCUGACUCCUCAGAAAAUGAACCCGAUUCAUCCUCAAAGCAUCCUUCACCACCUGUAAAAGACACGACAUCAGCUUCUACCUUACCAGCCGCAGUCACGACAUCUGACGACUUGUGUUCUCAGACACCUGACUCGACCAACAUUUCAAAGCAAGAGUCGAAUUCAGGGGAUUCAGAGACAGAAUCUGAAGGAGCAGAAGCUGAGGCAGAGUUAAGGGAGGAGGAAGUCCAUGUACCAACUGCUGUCCACCAAGAGCUUGCACCUGUUGUAUCCUCAGAUGUUCCAACUUCAACACUGGUGAAUGAUGCAGAUGGCUGUGAACCUAAUCCUAAUAAUUCUCACAUUGCAGAAGUGCCUAUUAACCUCCUUCAAGAUACUCCAGAUUCUACAGAGGAUGACUUAUCAUCUUGUUCCUCCACAUCUGAUCUCUCUCAUGAUGAUGAUGAUAUAACAACAUCAACUCCCAAGAAAUCUAAAAUUCCCAGAUUAGUUAAACAGAGUGAAUCUUGAGUCUGUAUUGUCACUUAUACAAUGCUGUGGUAAAAAAAGAAACUCUGGUGUUUUUAAUGUGAUAGAAAUGUUUGAAAUCAUGAUAAAAUUGGAAGAACUGUAUAAGUUUUUAAUUUUGGCUUUGGCUUCAUACCAUGCUUUUCAAUACUGAUAGGUAAGGAUCUUAUUGUUAAUUGAAUAUUGUUGCCAGAAAUUUCAGGUGACAGUUAUAAGCUUGGUGGACUGAUUAAGGUAGGCAUUAGCCAGUAGUUAUAACUGUGAGUACAGUAUUUUUUUAUCUAAACUGAUAAUAAUUUUUUAUUGUCAAUUUGUUAGGAAUUUCCUGAUGAUCCAUUGAAUAAUUGACUAUGUAUACUAAAUUAGCUGUUAUACAGCACUGUUUUUAAUUUAGACUAAGGUUUAUUAAUGUAUUUAUUUGAACAAAAAAUUUAAAUUUAUAUUAAUUUUAUGAUAAAUAUCUCAUAUUUUAGUCGUCUAGCAGUGUUUUAAGUUUGCCAAAAAUGAAGUCUUGAAUUAAAUUGCAGGUCAAUUACAGGCACUGUAUUUUUAGUUCAGUUAUUGGACAGUGAAAAUUGCCUUCAUGUUAGUCAUAUACGUGUGGUAAUUGCAACAUAAAAUCUCACAAAACCAUCACGUUAUAGUGCUGGAAAUGUUGUGUAAUAGUGUACUGCACUGUACUCAAGAAAUAGAAAUAUAUAUAUAAAGGCCAUAAAUGAAAAAUUUUAUAAGAAUGGUAAUGUUAGUUAAAUGUAAUUAAUACAUCUGAAAAGGUUGUAGAUCCACUAUAUAAAUGCGCCUAUGCAUUAUAAGUCUUGUCUGUGUUAUAUAAUAAGUAGUGGUCACAUGUAGGAGGUAUGUGAAUAUUUCCAUAGAUUGUGUGUUUCAAGUUUUUUUUUUUUCCAGUUUAGAACAAAUUCCUGAUGAUUUCUGUUUAUACAUUAUAUAUCAAACUCAUCAUUCCCUUAUUUACAUACGCUGAUAUUGAGGAGCUUUUUGGGGUUUCGGUUUACAUCUGGAGUAAAACUGUAAGUAGUACAUGUAAUGUAGAAAUUGUAUUCCACACCAUUUAUCAGGCCCCUUUUGAACAACAUUUAUGGAGAUAUACCAGGUAUUUUGUUUUACUUAUGACUGUUUUUGUCAACUGUUUCUGUUCCAAGUGCAAGUGUAAUGAAUUUUUUUUACCCAAUUUAACGAGGAGAAUACAGUAGUACAGGAAUUGUAUUGAUAUAUGAUAUGCAGUUGCUUGUGUGCUUUCACUCUCAGGGCUUCUUUGUUAAUAAUUGCGCUACUGUAGUUUUUAAACACUACAGUUUUCAAGUACUGUAGUAAGUCAGAACAAAGGUCAUGGCAUCUUAGUGUGGCCAAGGAAAAGGAAACAUUUUUAGUAUAUGUAUAGUAUUUCUGAUAAGCAAGAGAGGUAAUUUAAACCCACAUUAUAUUACAAGUCACUCCCCUUAUUGCUGUCUAUAGUUCCUAUCCAAAAAUGUGUGAAAGUUUUAAAUGAGUUCUACUUUUGAUAUAAAGUACAGUAGUACUGUAAUAUGUAAUUUGUGUACUGUUUCAAUACCGUAAUAGGUAGUCAAUAUUAAUGGCUUUGUGAUAUUCUAUGUUACACUAGACCAGAGGUCCUCACUCACAUACCUUUCCAACCCUUUUGUGAGUAAGAAUUUCACCAAAUAUAUAAAACUUUUAUCUAGAUAAUGAAAGCAUACUUAUUACAGGUGUCUGCAAUUUACUCUACUGACAAAGAAGUAGCAGAGGAUGUCACUCAGUGGGAAGUUGGAUUGCUUUCAAAUUUACCACUUGGUUUAAUCUUGGAGCACUACUCAUUAGUGCAUGAAGGGAUCAAGCUGACAUAUCCAGUUUGAUAUGCUAUAUCGUCAAAAAUUUGCAGAAGGAUUUACUAUGUACAAAACAUUAUUAUUUUGUAGCAAAAUAUUUAAAUAAGGUGCAAAGUGUGAAUGUUUCUUAAAACAGUAGACAUUUUCUAUUAUCACUUUAUAUGAAUCCCAACUUGAAUAUCAAGUUGGUAAUUAGCAUUCAUUUUGAAAAUGUUAACAAGGUGAUACUGUAUCUACAAUCAUUAAUAUCAAAUAACGUAAUGGACAUUGGUUAUUGAGUGCUGUAAUUUUUUAGUGUCAAGACAACACUUUGUAUAUUAAAUACUGUGUGGUGCUUGUCACGAGUGAAGUAAUGUCUCGAUUGUUGCUUGGUAUGUAAUAUUGUGAUGAUGAUAAUUUUUUUUAAUAAGUUAAUUUUUUUGUCGUCUAUUAAAAAAUGUGUAUCUAAAACAUUUCAUAGUCCUUGAAGAUGUUGGCUGAAAUACAGCUGUGAUGUUCUUUCUCUCAAUCUGCCAUUCCCAAGGGAGACAACAGCAAGAUCAUGAUCUAUUGAAACCUAGCCUUAAAAUUAGUAAGUACCUUGUACAGGAUUGUUAGGCUAGGUUGUAUUUGUUCGUGCUGUCCGUUGUCAUGAAUGUUUUAGUGCAAUAGCCUCCCUAAAAUUGUUGAGACCCAGAAUAAUUACACUAUAACUAUUUAUGGUAUGGACUGAAUUGAGCACUGGGUUUCAUGUGGAGGACUUGAGGACACUUUUGAUUCUUGCACAUUUGUUUUGCAGUGACUGACACCAAAUUAAGAAUUAUAAGUUUUUAGUUUGUGAUGAUAUUAUUGUGAAGAAUGAAUGGAGGUUCAUAUUAGAUAUGGAGAAUACUGUAAUGAGAAAAUUCCACACUACACUUAUAAUGUACUUAUGCUCUGCUUAUUUUCACAUAUGCUUUUCUUUUUGUAAGCUUUUUUACUGUCAUAAUAGAAGAUGCCUGGUAUGCUGUUUUGUUUUUUAGAUUAACUUUCAAAACACCUUAUGUGUCACUAUGUGGUCAGAUCAAUUUGAAACACAUCGUACGGUAGUGUAGUAAAAUAGUCAAGCAUAGGUGUUUAUUUUAUAGACAUGAUACGGACUUGACGUGGAUUUGCAUAAUAUUUGGAAUUGCCGAAUUUAAACAAAAUACCAUUUUCUGUGUGAUUUCAAGCAUCCUCAGACAUAAUUAGUUCCUGGCAUGUUGUCAAUGCCUGUUCAAGUUUUGUGUUCAUCUCGGUAACCGUAUGAGCAUUUGCACCCGUAGUACAGGCAGUGCUCUCUUUAUUUUAAGUGUAUGAUCAAGAAACUGUUUCAUACAUCUCGUGAUACGAAUAAUUUGUAGAGAUUAAAAGAGAUCAUUGUUUUUAAAGGUGCAGUAUUUCUUUUUCUGACUAAAAGCCCUGAUUGUUGACUCAAAAAUAUACAGUAGUUCCUUUUGUAUUGCUUUCUCUAUAUUUUUGGAAAUGGUGCCAGAAAUGUAAUGAUCUGGCUCCUAAUGCCACAAGUUCUUUAUAUUAUAUGUUUAGUAUAGGUACCCCAUAAUAGUGAAUGGAUUAGUACAUGCUUUUUGUCAUACAGUACCAUGGUAUUGGGUUCAUAUCUUAUUUAUUUUUACCAGAUUUUUAUUGUUUAUUGUUAAUAAAGUUACAAUACUGUACAUGUGCAGUACUGUAAAGAUAUUAUCUGCUCUGGUUGUACUGUAUCUUGCAUCAGCUUCUGGAUUUUUAAUUUGUAUCAUUUAUAUUAAACCACUGUAUUGUACUGAUAGUGUUAUUGAAGUACUGUACUGUAUGUGAUGGUGUUUUUUUUAUUUAUUUUUAUUGUUAUGGCACCAAACCAUCUCUAUUACUCUGUGAAUUACGUACAAUAUAAUUUUUUACAAAAUGCAGUAUAGUACAUGUUGAUUGUGUAGAAAUAUUUCUUGUAAAAUUUUGUUACAUAGGACAGUGCACAAGGUCUAGUAAACAAAUAAUUACUAAAAUUUAAUCACACAUACACUCACAUCUAUAUAUUUGAAACGCCAUUAAAGUAACUCACUCAAAGUUAAGAAAACACAAUCUUAUCUUUAUAUUAAAAUUUAUAAAUCAGCUCACAGUCAGUAAAAAAAAUAAAUCGAGAGCUAAUGCAAAUGCAUGAUUAUGAUGUAAAUUUCACGCACAGAUACCAGAGGUGUGGAGUAGUGAAGUAACUAGACUUAAACAUCUCUCUCUCUAGCUGAGUCAAGUGACAUAUUUCCAGGGUUUUUGGUUCCUGCCAGACAUGCUCUGUAUUCUUUGCUUAGUACAGUAUUAAUUUUAUUUUGCCUUCAAACAAACAUAAAGCGAUAGUACUGAGUGGAACAGUGUUCCGUGAUUUAUGAAGCUGCACAGAUAUUUUCUGGAUUUUGUGGAUAUUUUUACCUUAGUUGUAAAUAGGAAAGCAAUGAGUGAUGCAGAGAACCCAAGAUACAGAACAGUGGAGAUAGUACAGUACUCCACCAAAAAAGAAGACAAAAGUAUGGUGUGGUAUCAACACUGAGUGGAUGGCAAACUCAGUCUUAGAUAAACUGGUUAAAAUGCUGAAGAUGAUAAGUGGGUUGAAAAGGUCAAAUGGAGCUUCUAUUGCUGAGAGGGCUGGCCCUCCUUGACCAUACUCUGAACAAUUAUCUAAGUUGAAGAAACAGACAGUGAGCUAUUUGGUUCCAUUGUUGCUAAUGAAGUUUGUUUGUCAUAUGUGUACUUCAUUCUCUAAUGAAUUGUUUAUAUAUUAUCGAUGUUAUGUUUGUGAGCUUACCUUUUCUACUUGAGUAUACAGUAUUUGAACUAUUUUACUCUUACUGAAGUAUAUUUCUUGAGUGAUACUUUACUUCAAUUUAAGUACAUUAAUUGAUUGUCAAAUUAUUUGUAGUUUAACAUGAGUAACAAAUUUCAGUACUUUGCACGCCUCUGACAGAUAUACACACUAAGGAAAGCUGUGGUCAAGUUUUCCUCUGGACAAGAUACUAGGUUCCUGAGUCUGACAUAUUUAUUACAAAUCAGGUUUGCUUUCAAGUUAGUGAUGCACAGAAUUAAUUUGCUGUUGAAGAGUUCAUAAUGGUACAGUAUGUAGAAUCACCUCUAUUUUUUCCCUGUGUAAGUUGGCUUAUGUUAGGUGUCUGGUAGCCUUUUAUAAUGUUUGGUGCAUUAAUUAUGAUAUUUUGUUUUUCUUCACUACAGUAUUUGUCAGUGACUGUAGAUGAUAAUAUUGUGACUUACAGAUGAUGUUACUUUGAUUUACAGAUGAAAUUACUUUAACUUAUAAAUGAAGUUACUUUGAACAACAGAUGAUGUUACUUUGACUGAUGCUUUCAUAUUAUUAUCUCUGUCAUUCAUACAAGCUCUCCCCUGCUAUGAUGUAGGUGGCCUAACAGGUGCUGGUUCCUCUGAUACUUAGCAGACACCAGCUAGUGGGUUCUCUUAAGAGUUAUAGUAUAAAACCAUAGAUUUUUUUAUUAAUACCUGUGUACCCAGAGCUGGGUGCCUGUGUAUAUACAGUACAUGUGUAACAUAUAUUUGUUUUUUGCUAAAUAAAACAGGUGAGAGGACUUAAGAAACUAAGAGAACAAAUUCUCAGGUUGGGAAGACCACAUUAUCCUAUUAGUGGAAGACCAGUUGGCUCUUAUGUUGUGUGUGUUCUGUAUAUCUUAGUUUAUUUUUUUUAUUAAUUUCAAAACAAGUUGCCUUAUUACAUAAGGCACUUUACAGUGACUCACUUUACCACAAGUGAAUUAUAUUCAGCAUUUUGUAUUUGUUGUGUAUCUUUGUAAGUAAUAUCAUUUUAAGUUCACUAUUACUAUAGUCUAAAUGUUAGAUUUUGCAACUUUAAAAGACCAUUGAAUUAAGUAGUGAGUAUUGUUAAGAUACAUGUAUGUAUUUCUGUAUAGUGCAGUAGUGUACAUUACUGUAUUUAUUUCUAAUGCUGCAUAACAAAACUGGGUUUUUAACUUCAGAUAUAUUAAUUUAAUUGCAAAUAUUAAUCAGUGGAUACAUUUAAAUCAAAAUUAAAUACUACUAAUAAAGGAUAUUAUGGAUACCUGGACAAAACUUCCCUCACCACAAAUUAUAUUAAAGCGAAUUUGCUUUUAACUCUUAACAUAAACUCAUCUGAAUUUUCAAAGUUUCAUCAUGUUGCUGGAAUUAAGGAGGACUUAUUUUGUUCUCAAUAUCUUAUUUUCUAUUUAGCUUAUCUUCUUGUUCAUGUUGUAUAUGAGUACUACUAAAGUGCAAUGUUAGUACAGUAUUUCAGUUUAACUAUUAUAAGGUUGCCCAGUAACUUUUCUUGUAAACUGGGCUAGGAUGAGCACACCCCGGUGAUAAGGUCAUGCGAGUCCCUUAAGUCAGGUGUGAAUGAUGACAAUGUUUAGGUAAGUCAGCAAUGAUGUGACAGAACACUAUGCACCAGAAACACCAAGUGCAAUAUUUUGUGACAUUAUAGUCACUUUAGAGUAUACUGUAUGUGUUAGAUACUUUACUGUAUUGUCUCAUUCCUCUUGUACUUUAAUGGCGGGGUAAACAUGACUAAAGAAAGCUAUACCUCUUAAUUAUGACCAUCAGUACUUCUGCAUUGAAAGUAUUUUUGUGUUUUUAUAUUAUACAGUACAGUAUGGUGUGAUGAAUGACCUUUAUAAAUUUAUAAUGAUAAUGGAAAUUAGAAUAAUCCUAAGAGUUAUGUUCAGAAGUGCUGUUGGUCUGAGGCAGGUGUAUGUUGCUUUUCCUUAGGUUUAAACAAAAUGCAUGUAAAUUACCAUUAUUUGUUUGUCAAUCUCCUUGGACUGUAUACCUAGUUAUGGUUAGUUUGGUGGUGGGUGGCCAGCAGGGAGCACCCCAAUAAGUUUAUAUUAUCUGCUUUAUAAUGAAGUUCUCUUUCUGUAGUUUAUUAUUUGUUGCUGUUAUUAUAUGUACCUAGUGUUUUGUCCAUUAUAAAUGAGCUGUUGCAUGAACUGUUAGGCAAAGUGAAAAGUUUGGAAAUAUUUCAAGUUCAUUAUUAACUCAACUAAAAUUAAAUGUUAGAUUUUGUUAAAUAAACAUUUGCUGCCA